UUGCACUUACAAGACAAAACUAGUAACACAUGCUUUAGCCAUGUGUUACUAACUGAAGAUAUUGGUAGAAAAAUAUAAUUUUGGACCAAACCGGACCUAUGGCGUGUGUGUAAAUAUAAUUGGCUGGAACAUGGAGUCUUCCACAGUUGCAAAGUGCAAAGCAAAGAAAAGGAAAAACAGCACCCACACAGCUCAGGAGGAGGCUAAGAGAUUCAAAACUGAACAGCGAGAUGAUGAGGUGCUGCAGUGUGGACCUGCCUCUUGCUUGCCAAGGGUUUCGGUAUUGCCUGACUGCCUUCAGCAACCGAUCGCCCUGAAUGAACUGACAGAGCUGCUGCAGUAUGCCGCUCUCGGGAAAGCAGGUGGCAUCAAAAAGCCCAGCUGGUGCCGUCUCCGCCAUCACAGAAAGGUUAAAGGUGUAAAUGUUGUGAUUGUGGAGGACCUGACACAGAGUCACUUUUACAAACACUACCUCUGUCUGCAGCACCUCAGGACCAGCUACACUUCUAGGGUCACCUUCACGCCAUCAUCUGUAGAUGUAGUAUCUGGAAUCUUUUCCAGUCAAGUUCCCAAACAGGACAGUUUGUCUGUCUCCAAACCAGAUGAGGAACUGCAGGAAGCGAUGAAGAACCACCCAAUCAUCACUGUGUUUGGGACCGAGAGGAGAGGACUCACAGCAUAUGUUCUCACAGAGGAUGAGAUGAUCAAGAAUAACUACCCUGUUAAAGGAAUGCCCGGCUUUGAGGAAUUUGUGUGUACAAACUGCGCUGACUGUGUGACUGACAGCAGCCCCCUCUUUGGAAUCGACUGUGAAAUGUGUGUAACAAAAGAUGGAAAAGAGCUAACUCGUGUUUCUCUGGUGGACAGUGAUGGGAAGUGUUUAAUGGAUGAGCUGGUGAAACCUCCGAACCACAUUCUCAACUACUGUACCAAAUUCUCUGGUAUCACACCUGCGAUGUUGCAACCAGUAACAACGACUCUGCAGGAUGUUCAAGAAAUGCUUAUUAGGACUUUGCCACAUGAGGCAGUUCUGGUGGGCCAUUCUCUUGAACAUGACCUCAUAGCUUUGAAACUCAUCCACAAGCAUGUAAUUGACACGUCACUGCUGUACAAGAGGGAGUGUGGGCGAAGGUUUAAGCUCAAGGUUCUGACUGGGAUCAUACUGAAGAGGAAAAUACAAACAGAAGAUAUGUUGGGUCAUCAUCCAACUGAGGAUGCUCUGGCAGCCCUGGAGCUGGCCCAGUACUUUAUCAAAACAGGACCUCGCCAGGUUUUAGAGAUUCACUGGAAGGCGCUGUGGAGAGAAACAAGAGAGGAGCCCUCGCAGAGUCACAGGUUUUCUGACGUGCUACACGCACUUGGACGUUCAGUAGCCUUUUUAGGAAAAGAUUCCAGUCACAAGCAGUGUAACUCAGACAAAGAGGUGCUUAAAUCUUUCCGAAAUCUGAAAACGCAGCCGUUCUUCUCCGUCCUUCAGUUUUCCACCUUGUCAAACCAUCUGAAGAGUUACUUCCCUCAUCAGGAGCGGCACCAUCAGAUGACUUGCUCAAGACUUCAGGACAUGUGCGUAGUGUUUGCUGGGCCGUUCCCCACAGGCUUCUCUGACGGAGACGUGAAGCAGCUGUUUAGUUUCUGCGGAGCCGUUCGAAAAGUCAAGAUGUUGAACACAGUGGUCAGGGUACAUGCAGAGAUUGAGUUUGAGUUGCUGGAGGGAGCGAUGCUGGCGGUAAAAACUCUGAAUGGCCUUAAUGUGCUCGGGCAGAGUAUAAAGGUACAGAGGCCGGUGUGUGAGUCAAUGCUAGAUCUGGACGUGACUCUUAAAGCACUGAUGGGUGACGCUCUGAAUGCCCGUCACCUCUACGCUGUUAAAAUGAACCACAGUAUGACUGAGUGCAUCAGCACUUCCACAAAAGUUAAUGGGCAUGCGUCAGAUGCUGAAUGCUUAGAUGUCACUCCUGUGGAAACAGUAAACGGGCUACUUCCUGCUAAAAUAAACAAAUGGUUGCAUCUCAAUACCUCUAAAUCUGAACUGUGUGAGGAGUCAGUCAGAGAGACAUUUGGCCACUUUGGCACAGUUAAGAGAGUCAUCCUAUCUGCCAAGCCUAAAGAAUCCACAGGACAUGCACGCAUAGUGUUUGUGAAUUCAGAGGACAGACGCGCAGCGCUCAACUCUUCUGAGGAUCUGUGGAAGAAGAACUACCUCAUCUGUCCAUCGCUGACACCGGUCCAUUUGCCUUCAUGGGUUGGAGCAGAGAUUAAGGAGACAACCCACAGGCACAGCAGCGCUCAGGAACAGCAAAUGGAUGUCGUGAUGAGGAAGCUAGACCGCUGCCUGCAGAAGCUCUUCAGAUUCCUCCCGGCUGGCACCUUGUCUGUGGUUGUGUUGCUCGGACACGCCAGCACAAAUGGUCACCUUCCCGGCUUGUGUCUAAUGGAAGUCAAGCAAGAUUGUUGAGGAGAUGGAGCUGUCGGCUCCAGGAUGCCUGAACCUGUGUCACCUGGAUCAAAUGAAAUCUGUUCAGUAAAGUGAAACCUGAAGGUGUUGGGUUUUACUGAGACUUGCUCUACCUCAGGAAUUGCUUUUUUAGUUUUGUGUAAUGGGGCAAGUUUUUUUUAUGGCCUUGAAAUAAUCAAAGCUGCAAACUAAGAUUUGCCUUUAGUGUGUGGAUCUAAAUUGAAGAACUCCAUACCCUAAGGGUAUAGUAAAAAUAUGAUGGUUGUCAUUCCAUGAAUAAACAAUAUUUAUACAUUAAGCUGGCUUCAUGUUGUGGUACAAUGAUAGAAAAUGAAGAAAACAACUUGGGAGGCUCAUUUAUGAGGGGAAAACAUGCAGAGGGAUUAUGCUGUAUGUAAAAGGAAGAUGGAAUGAUUUCCACGAAUGUAAUGCUUGAAUUAAAUACAAAACACAUGAAUAUUAUUGUGCUUAGAAUAUAGGAACUUUGAAUUUGGAUGUUGUACUUAAAAGGGAUUACAUUUACAGACUAAAAUUACACAUUAAAGCAGUUCUGCUGCGACUGAGUGCAAACAUUUAUAAGCCAAGCCUGCGUAUAAAUAUAAAGGUCAUUGCAUAUAAAAUCAAUCAGUGCUUCUUAUCUGAUUCCCUCAGAGAUAGCUGAUGUUUUUGUGAUACAGAAACUUUAGCAUAUUUAAUCAAACCAUGCACGUCUGAAUUGCAGGUCCUACAGUACAAAGUAUGCUGCGAUAUUUCUUUGGAAUAUAUCCACACAAAUAUUUAAGGGUUGAAAAAGGCUGGGCAUCAGUGCAUGACUGAUCGAGGCCCUGCUCUGUGGAUGUGUGAGAGAACCUCUAUCAGGAUGUAAAAUUGUUUAAUCAAUGUUGUAUGUUCAAAAUAAUAGAUCCCAGAAUUAAUACAGAACAUGUAAGCGCCAAUGCAGUUUCUUCAUUUAACAUUUGCAGGAUUAAAGAAAUGAUUGUUUUAGAAGAAAUCACAGCUAGAAAAAUGACCCUGGUAUCAAUAUAGGUAUGGAAAUGCCACUAAUCACAAAUAUAUCCAUCCAUCCACUUUCUUCUGCUUAAUCUGCUGUAUGGUGACACGGCCCUUGAAAAUGUGCACAAAAUGAACUUUUUGUAAUAUUCUCCAGUGAAUUAUCAGAAGAUAAAACAGUCAGGAUACCAGUGCUUGUUUGCACUCUGUGCAGAGGUGCCGCUUCCCAACAGGAAAAGGCUUCUCACCAAAACAGUGGUGAGUGGAUUAGCUAAAAACUAUAAAUAUAUUAAUAUAAUGGGCUGCAUAGUGGUUAGCACUGUUGCCUCACAGCAAAAGGGUCACUGGUUUGAAUCGACCAUUUGGCCUCUGUGUGUGUAGUUUGUAUGUUCUGAAUGGUUGUCUGCCUCUGUGUUGGCAACAGACUGUCGAGCUGCUCAAGGUGUACUCCACCUCUCAUCCUAAGGUAGCUCCACCGCUCUGAAUUGCAUAAAUAGAACAGAAUUAAAUUCAAUAAAACUUUAUUGAUCCUGAAGGUUGACCCCGAAGGAAAUAGUUUUAUUUUUAUUUUUUUCCAAUUCAUGCAUGGAUAUUACAUAUGACGCUAUGUAAAAGCAGCCAGUAGGGAAGAGGAACUUCCACCAGUAUCACAUUAUUUCUUUUCUACGCUUUGAUGUUCAGCAUUAGUUAAUUUAGCCAGCAGGGUAGCAAUCUCUUUCAUCAGGGUCAGAUCAUUUAUGAGGUUAAAAGGGACAGGAUGGUCUCCCUGUGACUUUUUACCAAACACCCCAACAAACAAUCAUGUCAGACGUUACACUGCUGCGGUUUUAAUUCCAGUCUAAUAUAUUCCAUGACGCUGAUGUCCAACACUUUGGAUAUAUAACUGAUUUAACUGUGUUCUCAAACAGAGCUCAAAUGCCUUUAUUUACCCUUAAAAAAAAGUGGCACCUGUUCUUAAAAACCCAAAAGACAAAUAUUCAAUACAGUGCCAUGUACUUAAAGAAUGAAGGCACAAUUUUGUAAGGCUUUAACACAUGUUCUGGAAAAAACAAAACAAGGAAAGAAAACAAACAAACCCACCCCUCAACUGAUUCUGAAAGCCUCGUGGGGUUUGAAUGAUUUUGCAUUUUAAAGAUCUGCAAGCUGGACAGAUAAGACAAGAAUCGGGAAUCAACACAACUCUCAAGUUUCCAUUUAGGCUCCAGAAUUUCCCAUCUUCCCCCUCUGGGAGCAGUUUCAAGCCUUCCACCACCCCAGCAUCCUCCUAUAGGCUGCGGGGGUGUAUACACAGAAAUUGAGUGCAAUAUUUAACAACGUGGGAGGAUCUUGAAGCCAAGUCACCAAAUUAAAUUCCUCUGCUAUAAUAAAUAAUUUCAGGCAUGUUUUCCAUUCAACAACAUCAAAAAUAAUCAGAAGUAGUCAAUUUAAUCAUGAGGAAUGUU